AGUCAACGAGCGACGUCACGGAAGGUGUUUACGCCGGCGAGCGUGCCCGGUUGGUUUAUGGGGUGUUUACGACCCCCGUGAACUCGAUCGGUGGCUCGGCCGUUUGCGCGUUCUCGAUGAAGAACGUCCUCGAAGUCUUCCAGGGUGCGUUCAAAGAACAGGAGACCAUCAACAGCAAUUGGCUAAGGGUACUAUCGAAAAAUGUACCGGAACCCAGACCUGGUGCAUGCGUGAAAGACUCCAGAACACUUCCGGACGCGACAGUCAAUUUCGUUAAGGCGCAUCCACUCAUGGACGAUGCUGUUCAGUCCUUUUUCGCGUUGCCUGUCGUCACCAAAGUCAGCUUCAAUUACAGAUUUACAAAGGUGGCAGUGGAUCCUCAAGUAAAAGCGUUGGAUGGCAAGGCCUACGACAUCCUGUACGUAGGAACAGACGACGGCCGGGUUUUGAAAGCGCUCAACACUCGCGCACCAGAUUCUCUCAGCAAUGUCGGCCAGGUUAUCGUCAGCGACGUUCAAGUACUGAAAUACGGACAAGCGAUUAAGGACCUGCUGGUCGUUCACCUGGCCGGCGAGGCGAGCAAAUUGGUCGUGUUUGCUGACUCCGAAAUCCGUGCUGUUCCUCUUCAUCACUGCGAUGCCCCGGCAGCGGCCACCUGUGCGUCUUGCGUGGCUCUUCAGGAUCCGCACUGUGCAUGGGACGCCAUUAAGAACCUCUGUGUAGCCGUGUCAACGAAACUGCACGACAGCGACGCCGACAAAACCCUGUUCCAGGACAUUUUGAACGGGAAACACAAGGGCUGCGGCUACGAGCAAGAGAUGGCGAAGCCCGUGCAACCAGCGGUUCUGCACGAAAACGGUCGGGGCGAGCAGCCCGAUGAACGGGACAAUGAAAUCGUCAUCGAGCUGGAUCGAGAAAAUCAGUACGGUCGUACGCAGCCACGAGCUAACGAGCCUCAAGACGUGAUCGCUACACCGGUGGUGUACUCGGCCCAGACGUUGACCGGUGCGCUGAUAGGAACCUGCUUCUUCUCUCUGGUGGCCGGAUUCGCUUCCGGUUUCUGGUUCUCGCAGAGGUUACGAGGUGCCCCUUACCCGGAGCCGUCCGAGCAACGUCAACAGCUGAAUCGACUGACCGAGAGCUCCGAGUCCCCGGGCUUCAACAACAAGUCCAUCAACCUGGUGUUGAACGUGCCUCCUAAGAACCCUAACGGGAAGAACGCAAACUCCUCGGCGGAGAACAAGCCGGUGCAGAAGGUGAAGAAGACGUACAUAUGAUAUAGACGACGACAUAGGGCCGUCUGAGGCUUGCC